UGAGCUCUUGAGCAAGAUCAUACAUACCAAGAAGAUUUCUCCUCCAUCCCAUCAGCAGCAUCUGCACUCCUGAGGGCCCACUCAUCUUUCUCUCUAUCCAGCCAGAAGACUUCAGCAGCUCGUCCACCAGCAUGACUCCUCGUUCUCUCGUCCUGUCCGUCCUGGUGCUCCUGUCUCUCCUCAGCUCAGCUUUGUGCACUCCUUUGUGCAACAACCACUGCUGCCGCUUCGUGGAGACCUUCCCAGUCAGACUCAAGAAGCUGAGAGAGGACUAUUUACAGAUCAGAGACUUCUAUGAAGCAAACAAUGACCUGGACACAGCACUACUAGACCAGACCGUCGAGGACUCUUUUAAAAGCCCGUUCGCCUGCCACGCCAUGAACAGCAUACUGGAUUUUUACCUGAGCACGGUGCUUCCCACAGCCAUGGCCGGAGUGACAGAGGACACCAAGGAAUUAAAGCCUCACGUGGAGUCCAUACAGCACAUUUUCGACCAGCUCAAGGCUGAUGUCACCAGUUGCAGAAACUACUUCUCCUGCAAGAAACAGUUUGACAUCAACAACCUAAACUCCACUUACACUCAGAUGGAGAGUAAAGGUCUAUAUAAGGCCAUGGGAGAGCUGGAUGUGCUGUUUAACUACAUUGAGACAUACCUGGCUUCUAAACGGCAGAGAAACCAAGUGGCAUCUUCCUGAAGACACGUUGACUGAUACAAGCCAUUAUUUUUAGUGGCCUGAAUUUUGUCAGAUGUUGAAAUUUCUUUCAUGAGUCUACUGAACAGAUGACUAGUUUGCUCAUAGACAUCUGCUUACUUUUUUUGUCCUGAGGACAAGUUUGCAUUUAGGGUCAUAUUGAGUCCUACAUUUAUGAAGUUACAACCAAAACUGUUACUUAUGAAACUGUUGCUUUGUAUUUAUUUUAUAUAUUUUGUAUUUAUUAUGGCGUUUUGUAUUGGUAAUGCUGAAUAAAUGACUCACAGAUAA